GGUGGAGCGGGCAAACAGUGACAGUGUGUUUGCGGGCCGAGUGAGACAUGAGGGCCUACAAUGUGUACCGACUUGCUGUUGUCGUCUUUCUACACGCCGGUGCUGUAAUAUCAGAGCCGGUGGGUUGCGAGGUGCGCGCUCGACUGGAAUCCGGAUGGGUGUGCGGCUUACGACGCUUUGCGGAGAAUAACACUGUAUACGCCAGCUUCAGAGGAGUUCCUUACGCGAAACAACCACUCGGCGAGUUAAGGUUCAAGGAACUAGAACCGGCAGAGCCAUGGGACUCUCUGGACGCGUCCGAAGAAGGCCCGAUAUGCCCACAACACGACGUGUUUUACGGCAAAAUGAUGACAUCACAUAAGAUGGAAGAAGCUUGUAUAUACGCUAACAUACACGUUCCCAUCGAAGCUUUGCCGGAAUCCAGCUUGCGAAGACCCUUGAGGCACCUAAAACCGCCUUACGAGGCUGGUUUGAGUGAAGAAGAUGAGCCAAAACAACCGGGUCUUCCUAUACUGGUGUUUGUCCACGGCGGCGGCUUCUCUUUCGGGUCCGGUAAUUCGGAUGUAUACGGACCGGAGUAUCUUGUCAGCAAGGGUGUUAUUGUAAUAACUUUCAACUACAGGCUGAACGUUUUCGGCUUUCUAUCAUUGAAUACGCCGAGUAUACCGGGAAACAACGCUAUACGUGACGUCAUUACACUGCUACGCUGGGUACGGACCAACGCUAGAUCUUUCGGCGGGGACCCGGAGCAAGUCACGCUUGGCGGGCAGAGCGCCGGCGCCACCAUCGCACAUCUCACCUCAUUCGCACCCGACACCGAAGGACUAUUCAAUAGAUUAAUACUGAUGAGUGGCACCGCAAUGCCCGCCUUUUACACAUUAUCUCCGGUCUUCGCGCAAAACAUUGCCAGCAUGUUCUUGACGCACCUCAACAUCACAAGCACAGACCCUGAACUAGCGCACAGCGAACUAAUCAAACUCCCAAUAGACAAGAUUAUGAACGCAAACAGAAUGCUAAUAGAUUAUUUUGGACUAACGACAUUCGUGCCAGUGCUAGAACAGAAAAUACCAGGUGUAAAUCCAGUCGUACUGGAAGACCCAAUAACGUUAAUGAACAAAGGUGUUGGAAGAAACAUGGAAAUGUUUAUCGGAUUCACGACCGCCGAAUGCGAAAGCUUCCGUCCGAGAUUCGAACAAAUAGACAUGAUAACAAGGAUAAAUGAGAACCCCUUGCUAGUUUUAUCACCUAGUAUACUUUUUAAUGCACCUCCCAGCGACUUGCUUAACAUCGCGAAGGAGGUAGAACAGAAGUAUUUUAAUGGAGAACCCACUAUGGAUAACUAUAUACAUUCUUGUUCUGAUACGUUUUAUAAUUACCCAGCGUUGAAGAUAGCGCAAAUGAAGCAAGCAAUGGGAGGUGCUCCGGUGUUCUUGUACCAAUUUUCUUAUGAAGGAAAGGCUAAUGUGAUUAAAACAGCUUUUGGUAUAAAUUACAAAGGAGUGGGACAUGUCGAGGACAUGACAUAUGUAUUUAAAGUUAACUCAAUCAUGGGGAAGUAUAUUACGUUCCCAUCUGGUUGUAAAGACGACUUGAUGAGGAAAAGGAUGACUACUUUUGUCAGCAAUUUCGUUAAAUGCGGAUAUCCUAACUGCAUUGGCAACGAGGUAGCAGCUUGGAGACCCGUUGACAGAUACCUGAGAUAUCAAGAAAUAGAAAACACAUAUUACAAGUCCACAGAUCCGACAGACGCGCAAAUAGAAAUGUUAGAAUUCUUCAAUAAUCUAUACAACACCACUGCGAGUUGAACUAACUGACUGACAUCAUGUAGUUUGUACGUUACCAUUGUCAAGAAUGUAAGAAGUUUUGUAAAGAUGCUUGGAUUAAUUAGCUGGUUGACGAAGAACUUUUAAGUUCUCAAUUAUAAAUUUAAAUAUGAAAGAAAGUCGAGCGUUGACAGGAUAUAGGUUUAGUAGUAUUUAAGCAAAUAAGUUUUUUUUAAAGUUGAACAAGCUAGCACUUUACCACGCGCCCACCUGAUGUCAAGUGAUGAUGUGGUCGAUAGAUGGUACGUGCUAACUUAAUAAAGUCAAAAUAAAACGAUACAACGACCAGCAAAGCAAAGAACAUAACAAUGAUACCAACAAAAGAUUUCUAUACUCAGUUUUCUAUAUUUAUGUAUUUUCAGUUUCUACAAUAGUUUUUAUAAAUUGAAAAUAUAUUUCCAACCAGGAUUUUAAUAUCCUACAAAAGCAUCCGUUGUGGGGAUUUUUAUUUAUUAAGAAUGAUUUUUAAGAAAGAGACUCGUAGUAUUAAGUUUGUGUACUCAUUGAUGAUUGUAACCGUCAGUUCUCACUGGCAAAACACUCGUAGAAAAACGUUAUUAUCUCAGUUAUUUAAAGGAGAUUGAGGGAGAUAACAGUACAUUAUUGUACGAGUGUUACAGCAGUGUAAAUCUACGUUAAGAAUUUUUAGACUGUAUUCAUUGUCAUUGAAGUAUUUGAUACAUUUAGAUUAAGACUUAAUUUAAGUUUUGAAUUAGAAACGAUUAGAAUAUUUAAAUAAAGAUUAAUUUGUGAUUUAAGCUCAACUGAUCAUAAACAUCUGCAUUAUAAUCAGAAUUCCAUUCAAACUGCCGUACUCAGAGUUGUCUAAGGAUUAGGUUAGCACUCCUUUAGUUCUAGAUUUCUAUUAUCUUCAUACUAAUAUUAUAAAUGCGAAAGUUUGGUGGAAUGUUUGUUAUUACGUAACUCCAAAACAGCUUUGAAACUGGUUGAAAUUUGGAAUAGGGAUAGAUGAAAUGGCCCAUAAGCUAAUUAUUAACUGAUGGAUUCUGAGUGAAAAAGUUAAAUAAUGUUGUCUACUGUAUAUGACGCUAAAAACUGUUACUGAACAAACAUAUUGUUGAUCUCAGUUUUUAUUUGCAAAUUAUCACUGAAAAUCAAACAUACAACUUGGUACCAAAGCCGAGUUGAAUAAAAUAAGAAAUUCAUUACCAAAACAUCUGUACAAGUAGUAUUUGUGGACGUUUUCUCGUUUGUCAUCAUACUAUAGAAACAUAUUACUUUCUCUCUUUUUAAUACAGAGAAUGAAAGGGAUAAAUGAUGAAUAUGUUUUCUUUUAGACGUUCUGGUACUAGGACUUCAGGGUAAUGUGCUAGUCGUUUGAAAUUCUAUGUUUUAAUUAGAUUAAGAUUGUACGUGUGUGUGUAUUUGUCAUGUGAAUUUUUUUACCUAUUGUGACAUUUUUAUAAGUUUCUAAGAAAAAGUGCUGUUUUUUAAAUGCUGUACUUAAGUUGGAAAUUACGCGGUCAUUGUAAAUUUGAAUGAAUUUAUUAAAAGAAUGAAUAAAUA